GCGUGUUGUCGCCAGCCAAUGAGAAGCGAUGGGGGCGUGGCGGCCCCGCCCCUCGGGCGCGCCCCUCGGUCACGUGGCGCGGGCGUGGCCGGUGAGCGCGAGCGGGACCGGGGGCACCGGAGGGGCUCGGGCGGGACCGGGGGGCGUGGGGAGCACCUGGGGACCCCCUCGGGACCCCCUCUGCCCGCCCCGCUCCUUCCUCAGGUCCCGUCCCGAACCCACAGGCAGCGAUUUCCCCCCAUGGAGAAGAACCAGGAGCCGCAAGGAGACCCCCGGGACCCCCCCAGCCCCGCCCAGCCCGCCGACGAGCCGGGGGCCGGGGAUGGCGCCGAGAGGGACAAGGCGGUGGGAGAAGGUGGGGACAAGGACAAGGACGAGGAGGACAAGGAGAAGGAGGAGGAGGAGGCUUUCCUCGUCAGCCUCUACAAGUUCAUGAAGGAGCGGCACACGCCCAUCGAGAGGAUCCCGCACCUCGGCUUCAAGCAGAUUAACCUCUGGAAGAUCUACAAGGCCGUGGAAAAGCUGGGAGCCUACGAGCUGGUGACAGGCCGCCGGCUCUGGAAGAACGUCUACGACGAGCUCGGGGGCAGCCCCGGCAGCACCAGCGCGGCCACCUGCACCCGGCGCCACUACGAGAGGCUCGUCCUUCCCUACGUGCGGCACCUCAAGGGCGAGGAGGACAAACCGCUGCCCCCCAGCAAACCCCGCCGGCAGUACAAGGUCUCCAAGGACGACAAGAGCAAGAGGGCCAGGAAGGAGAAGGGCCGCGAGCAGGUGGCUCCGGACAAGGCGCGGCCGGAGGCGGGCGCGGAGGACGCGGCGGAGCGGGGCCGGGGGACAGACGGACGCUCCAGCCCGGCCAUGCCGGCCCCCAGCCCCUCGGGGAGGUGUCCCAGCCCCUGCAGGAGCCACAGCGAGACCUACAAGCGCCUCUUCUCCAGCUUCUACUCCAAAGGGAACCACCCCAUCAUGUCCCCGCUGGCCAAGAAGAAGCUGCUGGCGCAGGUGAGCAAGGCCGAGUCCUUGCACUGCCACAAGCGCCACUGCCCCGAGAGCCGCCGGGCACCGAGCGACAGCGGCCCCGAGCCGCCCGGGCCGGCUGAGCAGAGGAGCCCGGAGCCGUGGGGAGCUCCGGACAGAGCUCCGAGCGUGGCGAGCCCGGCCCACAGCGCAUCCCCGGCGGGCAGAGACAUCCAGGGCUGCCCGCAGGACGGCAGCGCGGCCCCCGCCGUCUUCACCGGCUACUUCCACGCCUACCGCAGCGAGGGCCCGCAGCCCGGCGGCUGUCCCCCGCUCUGGGGAUACUUCUCCAACCUGAAGGAUUUUUUGGAGCCGCCCUCCGCCUUCCCGGCGCGGCCCGAGGAGCCCGAGCAGCCCCCGGAGCUGCGGAGCCAGGGCCGGCCGUGGGAGGGCCGGGCCGCCGCUGUCCAGGCUUGCUGGGUGCCCCCCGGGGCCACCUUCGGCCCCGCCGCGUCCCGGGCCGGCCACGGCCGCCACGAGGAGGAGGAGGAAGAUGAUGAUGAUGAGGAGGAGGAGGACGAGGAGCCCUUCGGCCCCAGUGCCAAGUCACGCGCCGUGUCCCCCUUGGCCAAGGAGGGCAGGGACAGGCGGAGCCGCUCGCCGGGUGGCCACCAAGUGCUGGCCAAACCCAAGGCCGUGGUGGCCACUCCGGCUUUCACCGCGCCGCUGCCGCCGGACGCUUUCAAGGGAGCCGCGCUGCAUUUCCCGGGCGGCUUCGGGAGCCCCCUGGAGCACCUGAGAACCCAGGGCGUGCCGGUGGCCCCGGCGCUCUCCGUGAGCCCCUUGGUGAUCCCGGCCUUCCCCAGCCCUUUGGUGGUGGCCUCCGAGCUGUGCCGCCCGCUGGCCACCGGCGCCGGCCGCUUGCCCGCGUCCUUCGGCAGCUCGCCGCGGCCCCGGCUGUUCCCGGCGGCUCCGUGGCACGGGCAGCGCUCCUGCGGCUCCCCGCACGUCCCGGCCUUCCCGCACCACGCCAGGCCCUAGCGCUGCCACGGCGGGGACAGCGAGGGGACAGCGAGGGGACAAUCCGGACUGGGCCGUUUGGAUUGCCCAGCUCAGAGCUGUUGGUAGCCGGCGGUGACCGCGGCAGGGUUCUCUCUAUUUUCUAUAUAUCCACACACAAAUCUAUAAAAAAGGGAGCAACAGC